ACCCCAUUUUCUGUUAUGGCGACGUCACCUACGGACGCUACCACCUUUCAUUUGUUUCUUUUCGUGUACAAACUUUAUUCAUUUUCACGUUGACCGCUAGUAUGAAGCUCGUCACGAGGCCGGACGCUGUUAAACGUUCGUGAAUCUAUAUCAUUUUCUCUUCAAAAGGGCGUAUACACAAGAGCGACCAUGAAGCUGCUUCAUCGGGACAUUGAAAAAGAUAAUGCCGGUCAGGUGACUCUGAUGCCAGAGGAAGCAGAGGACAUGUGGCACACCUACAACCUGCUGCAACAUGGGGACAGUCUGAGAGCGUCCACUAUAAGAAAAGUACAGACAGAAUCCACUACGGGAAGCGUGGGCAGCUCCAGAGUUCGGACAACUUUGACGCUAUGUGUGGAGACCAUCGACUUUGACACGCAGGCCUGCCAGUUGCGAGUCAAGGGCACCAACAUCGAGGAGAACCAGUACGUCAAGAUGGGGGCUUACCACACUAUUGAGCUUGAGCUGAAUAGGAAGUUCACGCUCGCUAAAAAGAGUUGGGACAGCGUUGUGUUGGCCAGAAUCGACGAGGCGUGCGACGCAACGCAGAAGGCGGACGUGGCUGCGGUGGUUAUGCAGGAGGGUCUGGCCAACCUGGUGCUGGUGACCCCCGCCAUGACGCUACUGCGUGCCAAAGUGGAGCUCACCAUUCCGCGCAAGCGGAGGGGAAGCUGCACCCAACACGAAAAGGCUCUUGAAAGGUUCUACGAAGCCGUCAUGCAGGCCAUACUUCGCCACAUUAAUUUUGAUGUGGUAAAGUGCAUCCUGGUGGCCAGUCCGGGCUUCGUGAAGGACCAGUUUAUGACGCAUCUCUUCAAAGAGGCCGUGCGACAAGACAACAAGCUGCUACUGGAGAACCGACCCAAGUUCAUGAUGGUCCACUCGUCGUCGGGUCACAAGUACUCACUCAAAGAAAUCCUCUCAGAUCCCACAGUGACAAACAGGCUGUCUGAUACCAAGGCUGCGGGAGAGGUGAAAGUCUUGGAGGACUUCUACAAGAUGCUCCAACAUGAGCCUGACAGAGCUUUUUACGGUCUCGCUCACGUGGAGAGAGCCGCAGAGGCCCUCGCCGUCGACACUUUACUGGUCAGCGAUAAGCUCUUCAGACAUCAGGAUGUGCCCACAAGGGCACGCUACGUCCGCUUGGUGGAUAAAGUGAGAGACAGUGGCGGCAAUGUCAGAAUAUUCUCAAGCCUUCACGUCUCCGGUGAACAACUGACUCAACUGAGCGGAGUUGCGGCCAUCUUGCGGUUUCCCAUUGCCGAGGUUUCGGAGGGCGAAGACGACAGCAGCUCAGAUGAUGAUUGAGUAUAAAAACAUGGAUGAAUAAAAAAAAUAAAAAAAAA